AUGCAGCUCUACGGAUUGGUCGCAAUGCUCUCGGGUGUCGUGACCGUGGCAAGUGGGAUCCCCGUGAACUUCCACAACCACUGCAGCACCACCAUCGGCCUCUACGACAACACCAACACGGAGAACAUCAACCCUAGCAGCAGCACGACCCGGCACCUCGGAGACGGCUUCAGCGGCAUGUUCCGCAAUGGGUGGAACCCUCAAGCUACACUGGCUGAGUUCACAGUCUCGCAGGGAUUUCUGUGGUACGACAUCAGCAUUAUCCCGACAGGAGUUCAGGCCGGGCCUGCCAAAUGCUCGUCUUUGGAGAACUGCAAGGCGGUCACCGGUGGCGUUGGCUUCAACACUCCAAUCCGGGUCGCGCCGUCUGGAUGCACAGCUGUCACCUGCCUGAACGAUGGCUGCGGGGACGCCUACCAGUACCCGACAGACAACUCCAAGACACACGCGUGCCCCGACACCACGCCGAGUGUUGACGUGACGUUCUGCCCCGGUGCAUCCUUGCGCAGGAGCUAG